AUGUGGAAGAAAAAGCUGCAGAUCAACAGGACUAGAGCCACACGCAGGAACAGCGCGGCUCUGGCUGAAAAAACAGAGGUAUUAAGUGAAGACCUACUACAGGUGGAGAAGCGUCUGGAGCUGGUUAAGCAGGUGUCCCACAGCACACACAAGAAGCUGACUGCCUGUCUGCAGGGCCAGCAGGGCGUAGAUGUGGACAAGAAGUCUGUCAGAUCGCCCUCGAAAAAGCUUCCCCUUACAACAUUAGCACAAUGUAUGGUGGAAGGGGCUGCAGUGCUUGGGGACGAGUCCCUACUAGGGAAGAUGCUGAAGCUCUGCGGCGAGACACAGGACAGGCUAGCUCAGGAGCUGAUCCGGUUUGAGCUCACCAUCGAGCGAGAUGUUAUUGAGCCUCUGUACGACCUCGCAGAGGUGGAAAUCCCAAAUAUCCAGAAACAAAGGAAACAUUUAGCUAAGCUGGUGCUGGACAUGGACUCUGCACGUACGCGGUAUUACCAGUCCUCCAAGUCUUCAGGACUAUCCAGCAACCUCCAACCGACGGGAGCCAAGGCCGACCACCUCAGGGAAGAGAUGGAGGAGGCAGCCAACCGGAUGGAAAUCUGUCGGGAUCAAUUGUCUGCAGACAUGUACAGUUUUGUGGCCAAAGAAAUUGACUAUGCAAGCUACUUCCAGACAUUGAUAGAGGUACAUGCAGAGUACCACAGGAAGUCAUUAGAGCAGCUCCAGAGUGUUCUGCCCCAGAUCAAAGCCCACCAGGAGUCCUGGGUGGAGAAGCCAUGCUAUGGAAAACCUUUAGAGGAGCACUUAGCUCUCAGCGGGAGAGAUAUUGCCUUCCCCAUAGAGGCCUGCGUCACCAUGCUGCUGGAGUGUGGCAUGCAGGAGGAGGGCCUUUUCAGAGUUGCUCCCUCAGCCUCCAAGCUGAAAAAACUAAAGGCAUCUUUGGACUGUGGGGUGUUAGACGUUCAGGAAUAUUCUGCAGAUCCACACGCCAUCGCAGGGGCUUUGAAGUCCUACCUACGGGAGCUUCCGGAGCCACUAAUGACCUUUGAACUCUAUGAUGAAUGGAUCCAGGCAUCAAAUAUUCAAGAUCAGGACAAGAGGGUUCAGGCUCUCCUCGCCGCCUGUGAGAAACUCCCCCCGGCCAACAGCAACAACUUUAAGUAUUUGAUCAAAUUCCUUGCCAAGCUGACUGAGUACCAGGAUGCGAAUAAGAUGACACCUGGAAAUAUUGCCAUAGUCCUGGGCCCCAAUCUGCUUUGGAUGCACAAUGAAGGUAACAUCACAGAGAUGAUGACGACUGUAUCGCUGCAGAUUGUGGGCAUCAUUGAGCCCAUCAUCCAGCAUGCUGACUGGUUCUUCCCUGGAGAGAUCGAGUUUAACGUCACGGGGAACUACGGGAGUCCGGUCCACACCAACCACAAUGCCAACUACAGCUCCAUGCCCUCGCCGGAUAUGGAGCAGACAGACCGCAGGCAGAGUGACCAGUGCCGACGGCCUCUCAGCGUUGCCACAGACAACAUGAUGCUUGAGUUUUAUAAGAAGGAUGGCUCCAUUAGGAAGAUACAAAGCAUGGGGGUCAGGGUGAUGGACACUUCUUGGGUGUCACGCAGGGGCUCGUCUUCCACACGUAAAACCUCCUCCACGCCACCGAGCGUGCAGCCCCCCGCCCCGCCCUCUGAUGCUCUCAUCCCUGAGCAGCCUGAGGAAUUCUCUACGUCCCCCUCCCCCACCCCUCCUCCCGCUAGCAGUGACCGAGCCAGCUCCGAUGAUGCGUCUUCCAAUUGGUCGGACUCCUGUUAUGCCUACCCCUCCCCAGAGGAAGAGAGGCCCCCUCCCCCUUAUCCAUCCUCUUCCUCAUCCCCCUCCUCUUCCUCCUCCUCCUUCUACCCGUUCCCGCAGCACCAUCUCUACACACGGGCACCUCUGUGUACGCGUCCUGUCGCUCCUGGUCCCGAGUCUGUGCCUCCCGGUCCAUCCCCACCCCCCCACUGGUCCAGCUGCAGCCCUCCUCCACUUCCUCCCUUGUGCCCCUCCCCUCAGCAGCUUGAUAUCAACUCUAACCCCAAACCCAGCUCCCUGCAUCUGCCCAAACAGUCCUCCCUGUCCGACGCUCCGCAUGCGACCCCAUCCGAAACUAACGCCUCCCCCCUUUACAUCAAGACCCCACUCUUGCUAACUCGCCACGACCCGUCCCUGGGCUUCCCCCACUCCCUUAACACCCCCCUAUCUGCUCCCUUUCCGUGGGCAGCCUGUGCCUGUAACCGUGAACGAGGAGCCAAGCUGAAUAGCACUCUGAAGAACAAGGAGUUGUCUCCGGUGAUUGGACAGAAAGGCAUCCAGGGAACAGCAGCCUCUAGUGGACAGUCACUGCACUCUGACCACAGUCCACACACGCUGCGAAGAGCUAAGAAGCUGGCCCCGAUCCCACCAAAAGGGCCUUACUCCCAGACAGGGGCCAUGUCCGACCAGUCAACGGGUCAACCAUCUCCAGUCAGCCUGUCACCCACCCCACCCAGCACCCCUUCCCCAUACGGCUUCAGUUAUCCCCAGGGGUAUGCCACUAUCGGCUCCCCAGGACAAAUCCAGAUGGCCACUACACCGUCUCUCUCCUCUCCACCCUCGCUGGCUGGGACACUCACCAAGGCCAGGCCAACACCCAAGCCUCCUCGACAGAGGCCCAACUUGCCCCCUCCCCAGCCCCCGACCACACCCAGCAGUUGCCCCCAGCCUAUUGAACAUUCCUCUGGCCUUCUGGAUGGACUGUCUCCUGGAGAGAGCAUGUCCACAGAUUCUUUCUGCAACCUGGACAUCCCUAUCAUUAACAUGGAACUGGACGGUAUUUUCGACGAGCCCCGUGUCGCCCCCUUCAGGAACUCAGUAACGGUUCUGGAGUCGACCUACAACAGGGCUGAGUCGGAGGAAGAGUCUGAGAGCACCGUGCUAUGACAUCAAGCCUUCCCAUGUCCUCUGACAAAACACUAUGCUACCACUGCACCGACCCCGCUCAAUCCCAUGAUCCAUUCGUUCAGCUUUGACCUCUCUUGCUGGCAGUGAAGGGUUUGAUAGAGCUUCGACAGGGACUCCAGAGAGGCUCUCACCUAUACUUGACUGAGGGGCUGAUUUGUUAACAAAAAAGAAAAGUGAAAACGCAGAUUCUUAUUUAUGGUCGCAACUAGGAUUCAGUGAGGUGUUUGACUGAGAGGAACUUGACCAAGAGUUGAUCAGACACACAGCACUGAUGUUUUACGUUGGCUGAAUCACUUGAUUCAAUCUGUGGUGCAUUAAA